AUGGAUUUGUAUCCUCGGCGUUACGAAAUCGCCGACUUUGCCAUCAUGGGGGGCACCUGGGCCAUGCUUUGUCCGUGGUUUGAAAUCUGGGAAGAUGCGCCUGGGACAAAGCUCAUUGUGGUGAAAGAGCCGGCGCCCCGAUGUUCGCUAGUGAUCGUUCGCUGUGCGCUCACAGCAGAUCCGCCCGGCAUUCGUGCCACCUUCACUUUGCUGAGCGGAGCAGACCUGGGCACAGAAACCUUGCAGAUCCCGCUGAUGGCAAGCACUGCGCCACGGCGGGCUAUUGAACACCUUUCGGCAGCAAGUCGCCCUGGCACUCCCAGGCUUCAACCGCGACCUCCAUGGUCCACCGAAGAUGUGCCGAAGGAGCGUGACGUCCCCUCUGGGACGAAGACUCGUUCCGCCCUCAUCCACCGACAUGCCGAAGGCUGCCGAAUGACCUUCACGCCCAAGGAGAUGGAGACCAUUGCCUUCAUCUCCUCGGUAAUGCUGGACACCCUACCAGUCCCCCGUCCUGGAGGAGGUCUCUGGGAGAGCGAGCUCGCCGAUGGUGGCAGUGCGCACGAAGUGCAACGGCAGGGGAUGAUCCUGGGCAGGGCAUACGUGCCAAAGCCCUGGAAGGCGACGUUGGACCUUGCUUCGCUCUACGCCUUCUGUUGGCAAAGCCUGGAACGUGCGGAGCGGAGCAUGGACUCCGAGCGUCUGCUCUGUGUGGCGCAGAUGCUGUGUAUUUUUGAUGCCUUGCUCAGACGACAAGUUGAGAGUGGCUCUCUCCUUGCGGAACUCUUUCGGGAAGACGGUGGUGUGGCGUUCCAUGUGGGCCUUUGCAGCGACCUCCGUCCCCUAAGCAAAGUCUUGCAACGGGUGGAACUGAUUGAGCCACGAUGGUUGCAACGACGUCGAGAGAUUCUGAGCUACUUGCAAUGGCGGGAAAGCACUUCGACGCAGAAGAUCUUCGACUUGCGAAUGGUAGGCACUGGCAGCUUUGAGGUCAGGAAGUACUCGUCCACCAUCGCGCUCUUGCGAAAGGUGCUGGAGCGUAAGGGACUGGAACUCGUCCCCCGUGGUGCGCCGGUGAGCGAAAUGGAAGCCCUGGCCGACUGGCUCUUUGGGCGAGGACAGCUAGCAGAUGCAUGCCCUGAGAUGUACUGGUGCAGAGACAUGGCGAUGCUCUUCAAGUUUUUGAGUACCAUGGAACCUCGCAGCACCGAACUCUUGAGGAAAAGAAGAGAUACCAAUGAAUAUCAGUUUUGGCGAUUGACCUUCGAUGGUGACCAGGCGUCACGUCCAGGCUUCGGUUGGCACCAAGAUGUGCCAGCGAUCCACUGGGAAGUGCAAGGCGUUCGCGGGCCGGACCAGGACAUUGCUGACCUCACAGCUUCGGCCUUUGGACGUGAGUUGACGCUCGGCGAAGGCUUGGUGGUCCAGAGUCCAGCAGAUGUCUCCAAACUCUUGGAGAGACCGCAGUGCACGGAGGAAGAUGUGCUUCAUGCCCAAAGUCUGCCCACCUUUGAGGAGACUUUGAGUCCCGAUGAGGCCGAAACCUUGAUGAGUUUCUUGACGGUGCCCUACCUGCAGCUGCCGCUGGUCUUAGACUUCUUCGCUUCGCAGGAUCGAGCCACCUAUCUCUUCAACCCGGAGCUGCAGAGGCUCCUCCGUGCUGUGCUCUUUGAGCCGCGAGGCUACCAGGAACAGAUUGCCAGUUGCACCCGAGUCCCUGCGCGAUGUCAGAUUGAUGGGGAAGAUGAAGCAGAAAAACUCUUUGGGACACCCUUGGGGCUGCUGCUGAGUGAUCUUUGCCAUUCACCUUCCUCAAUCCUGGAUCCACUGCAAAGUAUCUUUAGCAAAGCAGAGGAAUUGGGACAUUUGGGGGACGUGAACAGCUCCGAAGCGCCCUUCCUACUCUUCAUGUUGGAGUUGGCCAGUGAUAUCCAGCGAUUUGUCACCUAUGCGUCCGAACUGUGCCGGCAAGGGCAAGCAGCGCAAGCGGAGAAGCUGGAAUGCCUGGAGAAGGCUUCAGUGAAUCUGCGGGAGCUGAUGUCGAAGCUUCGGGCUACCUUGACUCGUUGGUGUUCCAACUGUAAGGACUUGCCGAAUGCCUGUGCGGUUCAUGGUUAUCUGGCUCUGGAAGCUUUUAGCAGCGGCCUUUAUGUGGAGGGCUUGUCCAGCUGGUGCCUUUGUCGUACCUGGCAUACCUUUGGCAGCUUCCACGACCUGGAGGAUGCCGAGAUGUCGGCCAACCAACGCUUGAGGCGUUUCCUGCAAGCACAGGGGAUCGACACGCGGCGAACCAGUGAGGAGAUGUUGAAUCAGUUCACGAAGCAGGCUGGCCGAUAUCGUCCAGUCUUCCUCCGAGUGGGUCAGCAAACCGUGCGCGUGCCCAACUUUCGUGGCAGGGACACUUCCAAGUGCGCCUUAAGUGUUCCAGAGUCACGGAUGUUUCGCGCCAUUCAGACCUGUCGACCAGAGAUCCUUAGCGCCUUUUGCUCAGCGCCCAGCGAGUCGUUGACUCGCGUGGCUCAAACGGGCCUGCGGUCCGAGUUUCAGGCUGUGCAAUGGACACACAAGGGUGGUGGCACUUUUGCCGCGGGUGAACUGCAGUUGAGUGUCCAGACCGGAGAGCUGUUGUGGCGAGAGGACGGCCUGAAGCCCCUCCCUGAUUCGAUGACGCGCUUUGAGGAUUUUGAGACGAUCUUUGGUGAUGCAUCCCUUCAAUGUGGUGUGGUCUCGCGAUCUCAGCACCGUUUGUGGGUCCACUUGGUGGGCCGCCAGUUUGACUUGAUCGAGUGGACGCCAUCGCCAUUGUCGGCCUUCCAACAAGGCGCAUCUGGACCGGAGGAAGCCCCGAAACUGGGCGCCCCCUGCCAGCGCUGCAGUCAAAGUGGCGCCGGCUGCUGGUCGUGUGAGCGAUGCACCAUGAUCAAUUGCCGGGCACAGGGUUCUGCGGGCAGCUCUUGUAGCGCCUGCGGGGGCCCUGCCCCGGGCGCUGAAGACGAUGGGGCCCAUGGACCCUUUGGGGCCUAUGGACCAGGUGCCCGGCGACGCAAGAAGAUUCAGCCGGUGUCGGACUGCGUCUUUUUGGGUCAGCGCUAUGUGCGGCCCCUGGAUCUCUAUGCAGAGGUCAUUGAGCACCCUGAGCCGGAGAGAUGGCUUUUGGAUGUGCUGGUGCCCAUACUGUUGGAGCUCUACCCUUCUGAUCCCGAGGAUCGCCGCUUGCGGUACCAGCUGCUCCUUCCCGAGACGCCUUGCACGUCCACCGAGAUUCGUUUGUUGGGCUUCGACCAGGGAGCAGAUCCCAAGGAAGAAGCGGGUGUUUCCAUGGCGCAGACCAAGGAAGACCAAGAGAAAGCCCCUACCUGGAAGGAGAUCUUUGUGUCGAAGACGCAGAAGUCCGUGAUGGUUUUCAAUUUGGUCCCUCAUGGACGCCGGUUUUUUCGGUCCUUGGUCUUCUGCUCGAAAUCGGCCUUGGCGUUGCACAAUCUGCCGCUGGACACCCCGGAUGCGCAGAAGCUCUUGGGCUCGGCGGGGAGUUUCGGUGAGAUGCGACGCCAGGAGGGAUCCCUUUGCAUUUGCCGCUACAACAAGGACCUGUGCUUGGCUGAGAACUAUAUCUCCCCCCGACUGCUGCGCGGCGUGGUGCCAAGUGUGCUACUGGAGAACUACAGUUUCUGGGAGGGAGAGGACGGCCUCAUUCGUGGGGUGCCUCAUUCGGACGAACAAUCGACCUACUUUUCCAAGAAUCUACAGAUUCAGUUGACAGGUCUAGAGCCCCCGGUGCGCUUCCGCGUGGCGCGUGCGGCCACCUUCGCCAAGCCCAGCGGCAGCUUCCAGGGGCUGCGGAGGUCUGCCGUGGAGACGGCAACGCCAGAGAUGGCGGUGAAGGAAGUGGAUGUCUUGCAACUCGUAGAGCUGGGCUUCCCCGCCGCAGCUUGCCGCCUGGCGCUGCGGAGCUGUGGCAACAACUCGGGCCGCGCGGCGGAGUGGCUCUUCGAUGAAGGCAACACUGCCGCCAUCUUUGCUGCGGUUGAAGCAGAGGAAAAGCAGGAUACAGCGAUGGCGGUGGAUGAAGACGCAGCCCUGCAACAGGCCCUACUGCUGUCUACGACAGACUCAGCCAUGGAAGAUGCAACUGAUGCGCCACUGGACGGUCAAGAUACUGCAGUCCCUUUGGAGGCGAUGGAGCAGUGGACGCUGGUGGAUUUGCUCUCGGCAGAGGAAGGUAGCGAGCUGGCGUCGCUUUGUGAGCUGUUGACUCGUAUGGAGGACCUUUCUCAUGUGCUUUGCUGGGCAGGCGAAGGUGGAAUCGCUGCGAUUGAGUUGCCGCGACUGAAACUGACCUUGCUGCCGACGCGACAGCGCUUGGAAGUGAAGGAUUCGGGCGGAUGGUUUGUGAAAUCUGACCUGGAGGAACCGCUGCAGAAACUCUUGGAGGGCUUGGAACAGGCCUUGGUGCUGGAGAAUGCUCAAGGUGAUUUACGCGUGUUACUUCCAAAUCACGACGUGACGAGGCCGGUGUCAAGAGGGGAAGCCUUCAGCACGCGAUUGAUCUUCAAUCGAUCUUCUUUUGGUUGGCAGGAGACGAUGGACUUCCCCUACUACCUCUAUCCCAUCCAUGCCACCCACGCGUUUCUGCAGACCAUGAGUUUGGCGGCCUCUCUCUACCUGGCGCUUCUUCAGCUCUUGCGCCGCGACUACAACUCCGCCUUCCGAGAGCUGGACAACUGCUGGACUGACGUGCCUCUACUGGCCGAGGAGAAGUGGGUAUUCAAUCAGUUCAGCGGGAGCUUACAAGAUCAACAUCCAGAUGCGAACGCCGUCCGCUGCAAAUUGGCCCUGGCGGUGGCUUUCGUGGAAGAUUUGACCAUGCCCUUCGAACUACAUAUUGAGUUGGAUCAAUACCUGGCCAAGCGGCAUCAUGUGUCUCGGGGCCUCUGGUUGAAUGAGGAGGAGGAGCUCCAGCUGCUCCGCGGCUGCAAGUCCUCCACUCGGCGGGUGAAGGCCCGUUUGGAAUACCUCGCAGCCAAAGCCAGGGAUCAAGGCAAUGUGGUUCUGCGUGCUGACGCCGCCUUGCACGGAGGUCAGCCCUGGAGUCGCUUGAACCUGCUGCCCCGCGACGCGCUGGCGCGCGCCACACAGCUGCGACGACUACAGUUCAGGCAUCCGCAGUUACCUGAAGGCCAAGUUCAUGCCGAAUGGCCCUCGCAGGUAGAGGGAGAAGCCCUGGUGAAGCUCAUCUGGACGGAUGAACUUUUGCAGGAUGAUGAGAGCGGUGUGAAUCGACAGCUGGGUUUUGUCUUUCUCUACAUGGUCUUGCUGGGCCAGCUGUCGCUGAGUCUGAACGGUGUGGAUGUGACGGUUUCCCUGGGGCAUCUUCUCACGCGGUUGUUCCACUUGAAGUUGGCGCGCUGGGGCAAGGAACUGCAAGAAGAAGGUGAAACUGAAGUCCAACUCUCCCGUCAGAUGGCAACCCUGGCUCUGCUCGCCCGAGGCAACACGCUGGGGUGGCCCGUGGUCCCCUCGUCUGCCUCCCAUCGAUCGUCUCUGGCGGCGGGACAGUGGGGAGGCCGAGGAAUUUUCGGCUCGACUGACAGGCUCAAGCGAUGGAUGGAUUCGGUUGAUCAGGUGUUUCAGCGUGCAUUGGGCGAGGUGCCCCUGUCUGCGGCUUGGAGUCCUCCCAGCCACUGGGCGCCCACAUGUGACCUGCCGGUCCUGCCUGGAGAUUUGGAAAUUCGUCGAAGAGCUCAGGACGAUCGCUGCAGUCUGAGACAGCUCCCGGAAGAGCUUGCAGAGCACGCUGGGAAGGAGAUCUUGGCACAUCUCGACUUGAGCCGUUUUCUCUCGUGGAAGGAGGCCCAGAGGUGUCACUUCGACUCUCCCUUUGACCUCUCCGGGCAUCUCAGCACUCGCAGCUCCGUGGCGCGUGACCUGCUCCGACGCCUGGCGGAGGAUUGUGCCAAGUAUGCGGAGAUCCUCUCGACCAGGCGCACUCCCGUGGUCGUCCGCGAUGUUUCCGUUGAGACCAUGGCGGAAGAGUUGGAAGAACUGGGACAGGUCCUGGAGGCGAGUUCCAAGGAUGAUUAUCAAAAGCUCCGGACGGCCAUGGAAGCAUUGCUCAGCGAAGCCAAUGAGCUACCACAACUCGAAGAGGUUUUCGAGUUCAAGUUGCAACGAGAUUUGUGCCGGAUGGAGCAACUCAUUAGCUUUGACUAUGCAAUGAGCUGCAUUGUGAGCUCAGUCGCCGAGGCGGAUUUCCAUCGCCUAAAUCCGCAUCGACAGAACUGGAGCCAUGUGCUUCAGCAACUGCUGGCGGUCGCCUUGCUCUCUGGUCGACACCUACAGGCGAGACGCUGUGCGCAGCUCUGUCGACGCCUCUCUGCUUCCCUGCGAACAGCGACCUCGGAGGAGUUCACCACACUCCAACAGGAGAUCAGUUUCCUCGCUGAGCUGCUGACGGAACGCAGGUGUUAUAUGCGCCAGGCGCCAGAAGGACACUUUGUGUUCGAUCCUCGCUUUCUGAUCUUCGAGUUCAUGCAGCACAUCGUGCUCCGCCCGCGUCAAGUUGAAAUGGUCGAUUGGUUCAUGCAAAGCUACAAGGAUGGCAAGUCCAGAGUGCAACAAAUGAUCAUGGGCGCAGGCAAGACGACAGUCGUGGGACCUUUGCUCUCUACAAUCUUGGCCCGACCUGAAGUUUUGGUCACGCAGGUGAUGCCCAGUCCCUUGCUGGACCAGACAAGACAGAUCCUGCGGAGUUCUUUCUCUCGGCUCACGCCCAAGAGAAUCGUGACCUUCCAAUUUGACCGUCAAGUGGAAGAUUGCCCAGAGACCAUCAUGAAGAUCUACACCAAGUUGGAGGCGUGCCGCCGUGCCUGUGGCAUUGUGGUGACUUCGCCAGAGUCCAUUAAGUCCAUGCUGUUGAAGUUCAUCGAACAGCUCCAUGGUUUGGCCAGCUUCGAUUUCUCCAUGCUGGCACCAGGUUGCUGUUGCUCAACAGCAUCGUUGGAUCCAGUUGCAUUCCUAGCCCAGGAUCGGAUUGAUCAGACGACCCUUAACGCUGCCUUAUUCUUCACCGUGAAACCCAGUGAGCUGCGACUUCUGUCAGUGCUCGGAAGUGGAGGUUAUGCGAACGUCUACAAGGCCGAUUGGAGCCGCAGCUUUGCCGCGGGCACCAGUAGCAUCAUUGUGGCCGUGAAGCAGCUCCAUACCGACCUGGGGGAAGUCUAUCGUAAUCGCGAGCGGCUCACCAUGCUCACUGAUCAUCCCAACCUCGUGAAAUGUAUGGAUUCAACACUGGAACCACCCUAUUUGAUCGUCACUGAAUUUCUGGCUGGUGGAAGCCUCUUCGAUCUGCUGUACAACUGUCCUGAUUGCGAACUCUCGCUCUGGCAGCAGGUCAAGAUACUGCUGGACAUUGCUUCAGGCAUGAGAUACCUCCAUGAGCAGAAACCAUGUAUUUUGCAUCGAGAUUUGAAGAGUAGCAACAUCCUGUUGUCCAAACCUCUGCGCAACUCCUCCCAAGAGCCCUUCGCCAAAGUGGCCGACUUCGGCCUCUCGCGCGAGACGAAUGGCGCGGGCGCGGCCCUGACGGUUCAGGUGGGCACCUGGCGAUGGAUGGCGCCGGAGGUCUUUGAACCCGAGGAAGUGGAUGCAAAGUACAAUUCCAAGGCUGACAUCUAUUCCUUCGGAAUUCUCAUGUACGAAGUUUUAGAGCGAAGGAUGCCAUACAGUGAGCGCUUUGGAGCUGACAUCUCGGAUCCUCGCAUCGGGCUGUACGUGUGCCAAGGCCUACGCCCAACCAUCAAACUGAAAGGCACUGAUCAUCCUGUCCUCAGCGAGCUGAUCCCACUGAUGCAGCGCGCAUGGGAUCAGGACCCCGAGCUCCGGCCCGACUUCUCUGAGUUGGAGGAAGACUUGAAGCGCUUGUGGAGCACUCUGGGGCCUUGA